GCAUGUACAGGCUGGUCAGAGCAGACAGCAAUGGCUUCGAUUGUGUUGCGGGUCAUGUCUCUGACUUUGGGACUAUUCUUUGUUUUUGUGGGCACGAUUAAGCUCACACCGUCGGUUAAUGGAGAAAUAUACAAAGAAAUGAGGAAAACAUACAUUCGAAACUCAAAAGUUUUUCCGCUCGUGAAACAGACCGGAUGGAAACCAAAUCCCCACACUUACCGGAAAGCUGUGGGGACUGCUGAGGUUGUAUGUGGCAUUCUUUUGGCAUUUGUACCAGGUGCCCUGAAGGAAGCAAGCAAUGUUGUGCUCUUAACAAUCACUGUCAACGACAUCUAUGCCCACUUUGCUCUCGAUGAAGGUUUGGAGAAAAUGAGCCCAGCUAUCGUGUUUGCACUACUAUUGACCUGUCGACUUAUCAUCUUCCUGCAAUCUUUGACUGCAGAACCUAAAUCUGUAUUUUCCAAGAAAGUUCGCACUGAACAACCUGUAGCUCCACCAGAAGAAAAGAAAGACCAGUGAGGAAAAUAUUUAGUCAAAUACUGUUUGAUCUCAAGGUGACAUUUUUAAAAUCACCAAAACAUAUAAGUAAUUCUACUUUUUACACACACAGGACUCCAAUAAUCAAUAAUGUCUUUGAAAAUAUUGAGAUUUGUACGUUAAUUGAGAUUUUAAUGCUGAUAUACAGAUGAAAGGCUGUUGUAAGAGUUUGAUAUUAAAUGAGUGUUUUGUAUAUCUCUAGUCCUGAGGCCUUUUUGAAACCAGGCCAGAAAAUACAUUAUUUUGUUUUCCAAAUACAUCUUUGGUGAUCUGAAUGUGGAAAGUAUCCUUCUUUACAGGAACUUGAAUGUACGAGAGUAGUAAAACUCUGUUUGUAGAGACGACUGCCAACACACUGAAUAGGGGAGUACAUUUACAGUAUAAACGUUGAUUGGGUCUGAAUGGUUGAAUCUUUGAUAUGUCUGGUAAUUCAACAUGCAGCAAUGAUGUUAUCAUUGAAAAGUUCCAUAGUAUGGAUUUGGAUUGAAAUCCCGAACAAGAUGUUUGAUCUAUAGCUUCAAAUCAUGUCGUGUAUACGAUCAUGAGUGAGACACAUUAAUACAAUGGCAUGGCAAAUUCCCAUCAUCAGCAUUUCUUGAAGGAAAUAUUGUAACAAGUAUUAUUACACUUUGGCAAUUUAAAAAAGAUUAUUACACUUUGGCAAAGUUAAAGUUAUAGACCAUCCAGGAAUCCUUUGAACACUGCCCAGAUUGUUAUGAGUAAUUGAGUAACUAGCAUUUAGAGAAGGUAUACAUUUUAUUGUCACGAACAAUUUGGGCUGAAUUAUUUUUUUGAGGUAAUGAAUUUCUAAAUAAUUUUGAUUCUGUCGGUGGUCUGCAAGACAUGAACAUGAUAUAUUGCAAUAUGGUCAUGCUCAAUAUUUGAGACAAAUUAUGUUUUUAUGGCUACAGAUUAAUUAGUUUUGCCUACAGCAUUAUGUCCAGUUUCUUGUAAGCCAUUGGGUGGAGCUACCUCAUGAAUGCAUUUGUGGAAACUGAAAAACCACAGUACUAGUUCUGGUGUAAAAAAAUAAAACUGAUAGUGAAAGGAUGAACACAAUUCGUGUGUUUUGUAUUUCAAGCAUUUUUAGUAAAAUGGGAUUUUGAAAAACAGAGCCAAUCAGCAAAUGUUUCAUUCUGCAUCUUAAUCCACUUGCCGGAUGCUUGAAACCAGAAUUUGGUAAAAGAAAAAUAAUUAUUCAGUCUAUCAAACUAAGCAAAAUGUUAAUGCUAAAAUUUACUUUAUAUGAUGCUAAAAGACAGUUUGGGUCUGGUAGAUUCAAAACAGUAUUAGAUGGACUAUUUGGGACAUAAGGUUUCGUGAAAUCGACAAAGACAUUUUAUCACUGGGGCAGGGCCAAACUACACAUGCAAUGGCUAAUGAUGGUUUCUUUCAUGGUUGUUUUAUUUGUAAUGUUCUAAAUUGUUUGUUUAUUUGAUCUCACACAACAUUAAUACUCCACCUGUUUGUCAUAAGAUGUCCACUAGAAGAUAAACCCUUUUUCUUCUUUAACAAGAAACUUUCAAACUUGUUUUAGUCUUCAAUGUAAGUAAAUAUUGCUCUGUUAAAUAAACCAUCAUUUUACAAUUUAUUGCAAAAGCAAAUUGAAUAUUGCGUGUGAAACUUUAUAUUUCACACAGUGUGUUUUGGUAUGCAUUUUGUAGAUACAAUGAUGCAUUCUCAGUGAAAUAGUUUCCUUAUAUGUAUCAUUCAUGGGAAUUAUUUUGGAAAACUCAGUUUACCUCUUCUAGCAUGUAAAUUGCUCUUAUUGCUAACCGUCUCCUUUCAAUGUAUAAAAGCACAAUAUAACAAACGAAACAUCAAAACAUUUGUAUAUGUUGCUGUUAGUAAGUUAUUGAUACAAAACAGCCAUUAAAUGGUUUCAUAAUCACUGCAAUGUUUUAUCCACAAGCUUUUUAAUUGUAUUGAUGUUCUGGAUGAAGCAAAUGUCAACCUCGGUUGUCAGGGAUGCAUUCAAGACAUUGAUCACAUAGCGAGACAAAGCAGUACUUGGUAACCUUUUGGUUGUGUAUGCAUACAAAUAAAA